AUGUCUGAUGGAAAAAUUGCUCUUCAUCUUGCAUCAGAAAGAAAUUCUAAAGAAAUAAUCGAAGUUUUUCUUUCAUAUGGUGCAAAUUUCGAUGAAAAUGAUAAUGUUGGAAAAACCUCUCUUCAUUUUCCAAAAGUAUUGCCAAAACCGAGAUCUUUGUUUGAAUAA